UUGAUAAAUCUCCCCCAUUGGCUCCACAUUUGAGUUUUGAUAAUAGAAUGGAGGUGAUAUACCGUAUUUUUCGCCGUAUAAGACGCACUUUUUCUUCCCCAAAACUGGGGGGGGGGAAAAGUUGGUGCGUCUUAUACGGCGAAUACACCCCUAUCGGGUCGGUCCCUGCGGCCAUCAACGUCCGGGACCCGCGGCUAAUACAGGACAUCAGCGAUCGCGGUGAUAGCCUGUAUUAACCCUUCAGACGCGGCGAUCAAAACUGACCGCCGCGUCUGAAGCGUAAGUGACACUAACCCGGCUGCUCAGUCGGGCUGUUCGGGACCGCCGCGGUGAAAUCACGGCGUCCCGAACAGCUUACAGGACACCGGGAGGGACCUUACCUGCCUCCUCGGUGUCUGCUCCGGGCCGGGAUCCCCUGCAUGGCCGGCGCUCUCCUUCGACGUCAUCCCGUCGUCGCGCACGCCGUCCCGUCAUCCAAUAGGAGCGGCGUGCGUAGCGGCGCGAUGACGGCGACUGAGAGCGUGGAUCCCGGGGAAGAAGACGUCUGGAGUGUUGGUGACACCACGGGGACGCGGCGACAGCAAUGGAGCGACAUCCAGGGCAGCGGUGACAGGUCCAGAGCGGCGGCGACACGCCUUAUGACUAAGUCCCUUGUGCCGCAAUAACGGGUGGGAUGAAGAAUUGGGGCAACUUCUGCUUUUUCCUAAUAUCAAUAGUUAUAAAAGGAGAUAAUCUAAGGCUGAGCUGUACGGACACAUAGUGAAGGAAUAUAUCAUUCAAGAUCAAGACAAAGAAGUCUAGGUUUUCUUUCUUCAAGGCGGACAGAGACCGUAACCUGUUCACAACUUCACUUUGGGACCAAUGGCGGACGACUGUCUACACUAUAAAGCAAUAAUACUGAUUCUCCCCUUACUAUGGACAGACGUCAGCUCCCAGUUUCCCGGAUUCAGUUUCACGGCUCCAAGAGAUGUCGUAGUCCAGACGGGACUCUGUGUGCACAUCCCAUGCACCUUCAAACGUCCGACAAUAUAUAAUAAUAUCCAACCUCGGGAUAUCAAGGGAAUCUGGUUUAGGGGAAAUUUUUUGGAAAUGAAACCUGUGGCUUUUAGGAGUAGUUCUGAACCUCUGAAUAAAAAGGAGCGGUUCUUCCUUACGGGAGAUGUCUCACAAGGCGAUUGUUCUCUGAUGAUCAACGACGCAGGACCACAAGAUGACGACUAUUAUACUUUUAGAGUUGAAAACAAUGUAAACCAGGGACAUACCUUCAAUGACUUCAGAACCUUAGUGAGGGUGUUAGAACUGUUGGAGACUCCGGUGAUUUCUCCUGUCGGAAGGAUUACUGCCGGCCAGGUGGUAACACUAAGUUGUGCAAGUCCCGGGAGAUGUUCUGGAAAACCUCCGCUAAUCUCAUGGGAAUAAACGCUAAAAUGAAAACCGAAAAAAUGUUUGUGAUAAGUCAUGAAGAUGGGACCACCACAUAUCUUUCCGACAUCUCCUUUGUUCCAUCGAUCGAAGAUGAUCAACUUUUACUCACUUGUACAGUUACCUUUGAAAAUAAU